AUGGGAAACGAAGUGAGUGCUGCAGAGAACCUGGACUACCAAGCCGACCCCCGACGUUCCAGUGUGGCAGGUGACGUCUCCGAUGCCUCCUCUGCUGGACGGGCAAAAAGGUACCCCGAGCAGAUGCGACGACAGGAAUCUUUGCCCUCCGAGGCUGACUACACGGACAGUUCGGAUAAUUCGGGUUUUUAUCGUCGCACCCGUGGCAGUUUUCAGGCACGAAGUCUGCAGGGGGCUAGUGGGCCGCAAUUCAGACUCGCUGACAGGGAACAGAAGGGACCCCUAUUGGAUGUAAUUAAACGACUCUUGGUGACACGAACGUCUUCCUCCGAGGAGGAGAGUGGUUCACAGGCACGGGAACUAUCCUCCACCAGUCUCCAGGACUCGGCAUGUGAAGUUCUUGAUGCUUCACAGUUAAGUGAGGAGGAGAAGGCUCAAAUUCGGAACGUGCUCGAUCGUGUUCGCACGGUAGAGAGCAGAGAAACAGAGCGACUGUUGUACGUUUCCUUGCCCUAA